GUAGGCUUCAAAAUCUAUGCAAAAUGGCCUUCCGAAAAAAUCGCCUAAAAAUACGAAAAUUCCCUCUGGAAAAAUUCGACCAAAUUCCUGCUCCAAUCGGACAUUGCUAGACUUCAUCCUUGGUGGAGAGUAUCCGAAGCCCGAAUUUGUGAUUUAUCGCCUUUAAAAUCCAAGGAAAAUGACCUUUCCAAAAAAUCACCCGAAAUCGGUAAUAGUACCCCUUUGGAAUCUGGCAAAAAUUGCCCUAGAAAUUUUCCGUCCGAAUCGGUGUUGAAUAGACUUAUUCAUCCCCAAAGAAUACCCUCACGCUGAAUCCAUGAUCUGCAGCCUUCAAAAUCUAUGGAAAAUGGCCUUCGAAAAAAUCGCCUAAAAUUAUGAAAAUGGCCUCCGGAAAUACUCGACCAAAUUCCCACCCCAAUCGGCCAUUGAUAGACUUCAUCGUUGGUGGAAAGUACCCUAAGACCGAAUCUGUGAUUUAUCGCCUUCAAAAUCCAAGGAAAAUGGCCUUUCCAAAAAAAUGCCCAAAAUUGGUGAUGAUACCCCUUUGGAAUCUGGCAAAAAUUGCCCAUGAAAUUUUCCGCCGAGUCGGUAUUGAAUAGACUUAUUCAUUCCUGCAGAAUACCCUCACGCUGAAUACGUGAUCUGCAGCCUUCAAAAUCUAUGGAAAAUGGCCUUCCGAAAAAAUUGCCUAAAAAUAACGAAAAUUCCCUCCGGAAAAAUUCGACCAAAUUCCUGCUCCAAUUGGCCAUUGCUAGACUUCAUCCUUGGUGGAGAUUACCUAAGCCCGAAUUUGUGAAUUAUCGCCUUCAAAAUCCAAGGAAAAUGGACUUUCCAAAAAAUUGCCUGAAAUCGGUCAUGAUACCCCUUUCGAAUUUAUCAAAAAUUGCCUGGGACAUUUUCCGCCGGAGUCAGUGUUGAAUAGACUUAUUCAUCCCUAAAGAAUACCCUCGGACUGAAUACGAGAUCUGCAGCCAUCAAAAUCUACGAAAAAUGGCGUUCUGAAAAAAGUCUUAUAAAAAUUACGAAAAUGUCACCAGUAAUAAUUCAACAAAAUUCCCACCCCAGUCGGCCAUCGGAAGACUUGAUGGUCGGUGGAGAGUACCCUUAGCCCAAAUCUAAAAUUUAUCGCCUUCAAAAUCCAAGGAAAAUGGCAUUUCCAAAAAAUCGCCCGAAAUCGGUGAUGGUUUUGGAAUCUGGUAAAAUAUGCCCGGGAGAUUUUUCGCCCGAGUUGUUGUUGAAUAGACUUAUUCAUUCCUAAAGAAUACCCACACGCUGAAUCCGUGAUCUGCAGCCUUCAAAAUUUAUGGAAAAUGGCAUUCCGAAAAAAUCGCCUAAAAAUUAAGAAAAUGCCCUCCGGAAAAAUUCGACCAAAUUCCUGCGUCAAUCGGCCAUUGCUAGACUUCAUCGUUGGGGGAGAGUACCCUAAGUCCGACUCUGUGAUUUAUCGCCAUCAAAAUCCAAGGAAAAUUGCAUUUCCAAAAAAUCGCCCGAAAUCGGUGAUGGUACCCCUUUGGAAUCUUGCAAAAAUUGCCCCUGAGAUUUUCCGCCCGAGUCGGUGUUGAAUAGACUUAUUCAUCCAUAAAGAAUACCCUCACGCUGAAUACGUGAUCUGCAGCCUUCAAAAUCAAUGAAAAAUGGCAUUAAAAAAAAUCGCCUAAAAAUUACGAAAAUGUCAUCCGCAAAAAUUCGACUAAAUUCCCGCCUCAAUCGGCCAUUGCUAGACUUCAUCGUUGGUGGAGAGUACCCUAAGCCCGACUCUGUGAUUUAUCGCCUUCAAAAUCCAAGGAAAAUGGCAUUUCCAAAAAAUCGCCCGAAAUCGGUGAUGUACCCCUUUGGAAUCUGGCAAAAAUUGCCCCGGAGAUUUUCCGCCCGGAUCGGUGUUGAAUAGACUUAUUCAUCCCUAAAGAAUACCCUCACGCUGAAUCCGUGAUCUGCAACCUUCAAAAUCUAUGGAAAAUGGCCUUCCGAAAAAAUCGCCUAAAAAUUACGAAAAUGCCUUCCGGAAAAAUUCGACCAAAUUCCCGCCCCAAUCGGCCAUUGCUAGACUUCAUCGUUGGUGGAGAGUACCCUAAACCCGAAUCUGUGAUUUAUCGCCUUCAAAAUCCAACGAAAAUGGCAUUUCCAAAAAAUCGCCCGAAAUCGGUGAUGCUACCCAUUUGGAAUUUGGCAGAAAUUGCCCCGGAGAUUUUCCGCCUGGGUCGGUGUUGAAUAGACUUAUUCAUCCGUAAAGAAUACCCUCUGGCUGAAUCUGUGAUCUGCAGUCUUCAAAAUCUAAGGAAAAUGACAUUCCGAAAAAAUCGCCUAAAAAUCACGAAAAUGCCCUCCGGAAAAAUUCGACCAAAUUCCCGCCCCAAUCGGCCAUUGCUAGAAUUCAUCGUUGGUGGAGAGUACCCUAAGCCCGACUCUGUGAUUUAUCGCCUUCAAAAUCCAACGAAAAUGGCAUUUCCAAAAAAUCGCCCGAAAUCGGUGAUGGUACCCCUUUGGAAUCUGGCAAAAAUUGCCCCGGAGAUUUUCCGCCCGAAUCGGUGUUUAAUAGACUUAUUCAUCCGUAAAGAAUACCCUCUGGCUGAAUCUGUGAUCUGCAGUCUUCAAAAUCUAAGGAAAAUGACAUUCCGAAAAAAUCGCCUAAAAAUCACGAAAAUGCCCUCCGGAAAAAUUCGACCAAAUUCCCGCCCCAAUCGGCCAUUGCUAGAAUUCAUCGUUGGUGGAGAGUACCCUAAGCCCGACUCUGUGAUUUAUCGCCUUCAAAAUCCAACGAAAAUGGCAUUUCCAAAAAAUCGCCCGAAAUCGGUGAUGGUACCCCUUUGGAAUCUGGCAAAAAUUGCCCCGGAGAUUUUCCGCCCGAAUCGGUGUUUAAUAGACUUAUUCAUCCGUAAAGAAUACCCUCUGGCUGAAUCUGUGAUCUGCAGUCUUCAAAAUCUAAGGAAAAUGACAUUCCGAAAAAAUCGCCUAAAAAUCACGAAAAUGCCCUCCGGAAAAAUUCGACCAAAUUCCCGCCCCAAUCGGCCAUUGCUAGAAUUCAUCGUUGGUGGAGAGUACCCUAAGCCCGACUCUGUGAUUUAUCGCCUUCAAAAUCCAACGAAAAUGGCAUUUCCAAAAAAUCGCCCGAAAUCGGUGAUGGUACCCCUUUGGAAUCUGGCAAAAAUUGCCCCGGAGAUUUUCCGCCCGAAUCGGUGUCUAAUAGACUUAUUCAUCCGUAAAGAAUACCCUCUGGCUGAAUCUGUGAUCUGCAGUCUUCAAAAUCUAAGGAAAAUGACAUUCCGAAAAAAUCGCCUAAAAAUCACGAAAAUGCCCUCCGGAAAAAUUCGACCAAAUUCCCGCCCCAAUCGGCCAUUGCUAGAAUUCAUCGUUGGUGGAGAGUACCCUAAGCCCGACUCUGUGAUUUAUCGCCUUCAAAAUCCAACGAAAAUGGCAUUUCCAAAAAAUCGCCCGAAAUCGGUGAUGGUACUCCUUUGGAAUCUGGCAAAAAUUGCCCCGGAGAUUUUCCGCCCGAAUCGGUGUCUAAUAGACUUAUUCAUCCGUAAAGAAUACCCUCUGGCUGAAUCUGUGAUCUGCAGUCUUCAAAAUCUAAGGAAAAUGACAUUCCGAAAAAAUCGCCUAAAAAUCACGAAAAUGCCCUCCGGAAAAAUUCGACCAAAUUCCCGCCCCAAUCGGCCAUUGCUAGAAUUCAUCGUUGGUGGAGAGUACCCUAAGCCCGACUCUGUGAUUUAUCGCCUUCAAAAUCCAACGAAAAUGGCAUUUCCAAAAAAUCGCCCGAAAUCGGUGAUGGUACCCCUUUGGAAUCUGGCAAAAAUUGCCCCGGAGAUUUUCCGCCCGAAUCGGUGUUUAAUAGACUUAUUCAUCCGUA